GCUGCUGCUUGCGGCGGCCGCAUCCGUUUGCGAUGGAAACACAGUGUUUCAACUACAACGCAACAAGCAACUCUCUAAGUCCAAGUGCUCAAUUAGCGGAUAAGCGUAUCCCUAUCCCAAUGACCGCCCGCAAAAGGGGGGCAGCUCAACUGCUGUUUUUGUUCACAUUUCUGCUCCUGCUCGAUUGGCCCAGCGCUUUGGCCUUGACGAAAUUUAACAGUUAUGCGGCACAAUGCAGAAAGCGAACGGAUCUGCGCAAGAAAUGCCCAAAUGUGCGCGCCAUAAGGAACUUCAAUCUGACCGAGAUGAUGGGCAAGUGGCAUGUGGUGCAGUAUUAUGCAUCCACUGAGGAACUGCCGGAAUAUGCCUGCAUGCGCAGCAAUUUCGCCUUCUCCAUUGAGGAUCGGCAUAUAACAAUGAACUUUAGCUAUAUCUUUGCGGAGGAUCCGUUACGCGAAAAACUUCAGGGGAAUAUUACGUGGCUAAUACCGGAUCCCGAGACUCCGGGUCACUGGAAGCACACAGAGGAUAUAUAUGAGGGCGUCUAUAAUACAUAUGUGCUGGACACGGAUUAUGCCAAUUGGGGUCUAAUUAUGCACUGUGCCGAGAAGAAGAAGCAUUCACGUUAUUUAUCCGCAUUGCUCUUGUCCCGGGAGCAGACAUUGGGCGAUAAUGUUAUAACUUUUUUGAGGGAGAAAUUGCCGCGUUAUUGUAUCGAUUUGUCGUUCAUGUUUCCGAUUAAUCAAACAUCGUGCGAGCAUCUGAUGGAGUCCAGCAAGGAUGAUCCACUGGCGUAUAUUAUCAAUGGACAGCAGAGUGAGACGGACAGCCAUAAGCUAAUCAAUAAGCCAUAAAUAUUAAUAAUCACACAAUAAACGAACGAUGCAUGAAAAUUCAA